CGCACGCGUGCGGCUCAGCGCUGUCUCCGUCGCCUGGGAAGUGUUCGGUGGCAGCGGCGCGGAUUUCCUCUGCUUACGUGUGUCACCCAGCGCAAGCGUUCUUGUCACGUCUUCCUUUCAGCGUUCGUAAGAGAACUGAGAAAAUGGUGAAUGUUCUGAAAGGUGUCUUGAUUGAAUGUGACCCAGCAAUGAAGCAAUUUCUGCUGUACUUGGAUGAAUCAAAUGCACUGGGAAAGAAGUUCAUCAUACAAGAUCUGGAUGAAACUCAUGUCUUUGUAUUAGCUGAGUUGGUUAACUUCCUUCAGGAGAGAGUGGGCGAGUUAAUGGACCAGAACUCUUUUCCUAUUACUCAGAAGUAGGAAGACCAGAGAAGUGAUGUUACUGGGAAUUUCAGUAGCUUGAGGAGUUACUAUAUUAAUAGAUACACUGUGGUUAGUAUGUUCUACAGGGAAGUGACUACCCUAGAAAAUGGAUGCAUUUCAUAAACAAAACACUCUUGAAUUGCAUUUUGUUUCUCAUUUUGC